AUGCAGAUCGUUGUCGCCAUAUUAUUUGCUGUCCUUGGCACCACCAUGGCUGGUGGCCUCGGUUACGGCGGAUAUGGCCUCGGAUACGGCGCUGGCUACGGACUUGGCUAUGGUGGAUACGGAGCUGGCUACGGACUUGGUUACGGCGGCUAUGGUCUUGGCUACGGUGGCGGCUACGGCCUGGGAUACGGUGGCGGACCAGGAUUGUACAAGGCAGUGCCCGGCCCAGCUUUCCUCGUGAGAACCAUCCACCAGGUGAACAAGCUCUCCAGCGGUGGUGCGCUCGUUGCACAUUCCGGCCUCGGAGGAGGAUCGUACGGCGGUGGCUACGGAUACGGAGGUGGAUACGGAUACGGAGGUGGAUACGGAUACGGAGGUGGCUAUGGAUACGGCGGCUACGGCUACAAGGGUUGAAUGUGCUGCUGACAUUCGCGCUAGGUGCUCCGUUAUAUUGCGUCACAAUCCUAGUCACUGCACUUGUAAUUAGGCAAACUGUAUGCACUCACUGCUGUUGUAAAAAAUAA